AUGAUGACCAUCGCCAGGCUGGAGCUGCAGCAGCACAAGGGUAAGGCGCUCACCCAGAAAGGUGGUGCCACGGAGGCAAUCAAGCGCUACCAGACGGCGAUCGCGGAGACGUCCGGCGUUCUCUCGGUGGCCGAGGGCCAGGACCUGGUGGAGAUCUACGCCCUGUUCAAGCAGUCCUCCGCGGGCGACAACACCACUCCCCAACCGAACGCGAGCGAUGUGAGAAGCUACGGCAAGUGGAUGGCGUGGGCCGGCUUGAAGGGCAUGCGCCAGGAAGAGGCCCAGACCAAGUACGCAGACAAGAUCCAGGAACUGCAGCGCCGGAAGCACGCCACCACCAAACUGUGA